GGGUGAUAAUAUCCUCCAGCUGAACAAAAUCUGUAGAUCACUACUCGAACAGGGUCUACUUUGAGGGGAGCGGGUCCAUUCACUCUCAGCUGCCUUUUCAGCUGCAUUUAGGAAUAUAAAUAAAUCAUGCCCCUCCCAGCACACUUUGCGGAAAAUUUAAAAUAAGAAUAUCUUUUUCAGGAGGUUUUUCUUUUGCUGUGCCAAAGGACUUUUCGGUCAUUCAAAACCAGUAGCCCAAUAUGUCUAGUGAUUCCCCAGCUGAAAAUGAUCCCAAACUCAACAGCACAGUAGAGCCCGAGGUGGUGGCGCAAGAUGACAAGGAAGACCGUGUCGAAGAAGAUGACCCCGACGCUGACAAACUCAAGCUCGUGGAUGGCCAAACCAAGGCUGAAGAUGACCCGGAAAAGCUUGAUAGCCAAACUACGCUCAGGAACAAUGGAACCAAGGUUGAAGAUGGCGGCAAGCUUCAUUUGAUAAUCCUCAAGUACGAUCAACGAGACGGUAAAGCAAGGCCCGGCGGGCAAUUUGCCCAGGCUGAUUUGGGCCUCAAAGAAAAGCCCUUGAGCGUGCUGAGAGCAUCCCUUUUGAGUGAAGGUCUUUUAAGCAAGAAUGAUGGAAAUUUCUGCACUAAAGAUGGUGUUUUGGUGCCUGAGAGCACUGGUUUUACAAAAUACCUCGGCUUGAAUGGAACAAAAGCAGAGGAUACACACGAGGUAUACAUCUCCAUGCGCAAGAGACUCACGAAAAUGGACUCGAUUGCCCAGGACUUUUUGAAAAAGGGGGUGGAUUUGACCAACAAGGAAGCCAUCAAGUUUGCAGAUGCACCUGCUGCGUCGCUUUUGACUAGUAGAUACAAUCACAACGACUGGGCAGCCGAUUCCAGUUCCGACACCAUCAUCCACGCGUCCGAUAUGACGGAGAAAGAAUGGGGGACUGUCAUGCGAGAGAACAACCUCCUUUCCGGGCAAACCCUACUCACUGGCCCUGUGCAAAAGGUCAUCAAAGUCCUGGACCAUCCCGAAAUCACCAAGCCGAGGAAUGAAGUUGUCGACGUCAAAAGGUCGUAUUACUCGGCGUUUGCCUUGAAGCCGAGAAAGCUCCCCAAUUGGGACAUCACAUUUCAAAUGGAUGAAAAGACCAAAAGCCAGAUUCAGGAACACGGAGUGGACGUUCCGGAUCACACCUUUCGUAUCCCCCGGUUUUAUACCGCAGAUUCAUCGAAUGUCAAGAUUUUCGAGACGAAUGGAGUGAUGGAAACCACAAUGGCCAAUAGUAGCUUUACGCAAAACUCGAUUAGUGCAGCCUUAGGGGGGUCAGGAUUUGGCAUCAGCGCUGCUGUGCAUGGGGGUGCAAACUGGAGCAAUGAUAAAAAAAGCGCGAGUUCUCAUUUCAGAGACACCAAAUACAUGCAUGCUGUGUAUGAGUUUCCUCGUGUGGAAUUGAUUCUCAAUGAAGAGACUCUUGAACUGAGCGAUGAGUGCAAAGCUGAUGUUACGAUACUGCGCGAAAAACGGUCCGUUGAGGAAUUAAAGCGCUUUGAAGAUAAAUAUGGCAUCCUCUUCGCGCGCAGCAUUCACCUAGGCGGCCGAUUGGUGUCGAUUGAUGAAUCUGACUCUAUCUCGGGCUCUACUGUCGAGGAAAAAAUCCGCAUUCUCAAGGCAUCGGCUGGUGCCUCGUUGUCUGGUUACGGGGCCCAGGCAGAGGUCAAUUACAGCCAUACAGACAACUCGGGUGAUAAAUCAACCAAGACGGAAAAGAAGUUCACACAUAACAUGUCCUGGUCUGCAAAUGGAGGUGACACUACGCUGUGCAACAACCCACCAAAAUGGUGCCCUACAGUGAACUCCUUUUACAACUGGCGAGUUAUGAAGCAAGAUGAUGUGAUCAAUAUGUACCAGUUAAUUGGCAAACUCAAAGGAUAUGAAGACAUUCCCCAGUUGGUUGACGAGAUCACCCAUCUCGAUCCGGACCCGUUAAGCUACAUCAAGUUUUCUCUGGACUUGAAAACGUAUCAGGGCAUCGUGACUCACAGACGUCUCGCGUUUGGUGCACUUCAGGGUGAGUUUCCUGUCAAGGAUACAGUGACCCAAACUAACAUGGGAUUCGACAGAAACGGGUCACGAAGAGCUCAUUUCGAACAUCUCAUUGUCCAAAGAAGAGUCAGGGAAACCUCUUACCUUGUUUCAAAUUGCGAUGAAUAAUCAGAGAACGAAUGUGGUCAUCGAAGAGAAGACUGCACCAGAUAACAAGAACAAGACGUAUCAUCCCAAGUUCAAAUACGGCGUCCGAUACCCUGUUUCCUUCAUGACUGCUGAGGAUGAGGGGAAUGAUCCUCUUUUACAGUGUCUUCAGCUUGAUGAUAACAAGACCCC